CGCCCCCUGUUGCUGUGUGGGCUGCGUGUGGCUGCCCCCCUGAUCACCUCUCCUUUCUCCGCGCCCAUCUUCUCCUCCCCUGCUACCUUCCCUCCUCUCGCGCUCACCAACGCCCUGGUUCACGCCCCUGGUUCACAGGGGCUCGGUAACAGCGUGGGUGCUGUGUGGGCCGGGCGUAGCGGCGUGGCUGCUCUACUGGAAGCACUCACACUACGAGAGGCACAGGGAGGAGGCGUUGGUCUGCUGGUGGCGGCGUGGGUGCUGUGUGGGCUGGGCUUUUCAGCAUGGCUGCUCUACUCGAAGCAUUCCCAAUACGAGAGCCGCAGGGAGGAGGCGCUGGGCGUGUGGUGCAAGGAGCACGCCCUCAUGCUGCAGCAGCUCGUGCUGACCAAUGUGGGGCAGAUGCAGGUGAGGUUACAAGCAACGCGGUUGCUGCUCCCUGCGCUCAUGCUGCAGCAGCUUGUGCUCACCCAUGUGGGGCACAUGCAGACCCUCACAGGCAUUAUCUCGGUGAUGGGCAAGCCGGGGCGGAGGGGCAAGUGGGGGUUGGACAGGUGUUUGAACGGCAGCACAUGGGAGGCUUACCUUACUCGCACCGCCUAUGCCCGCCCGGGCAACACGGGGGCGACUGCUUGUGUCUUUGUCAGGGAUGAGGAGAGGGUAGGUGGAUGUGGAGCGGUGGGCAACAACAACAAGAAUGUCAGCGCUCAGCGCCCCAUGUACUGUACUGCCCCUGUCCUUCUCCUUCCUCUCUCCCCAACCUCCACUCCGAACCCUCUCUCCACUUCCCGAACCCUCCCCCCCUCGCCUCCGAUUUCUCCCCCUCUUCCCCUCCAUCCAGACUCAUCAAAAUCGUUCGAGAUGUACGAUGUCACCGACCCGUCUUCUCUCUUCGCCAUCGUCUCACCAGUCCCGCUGCACUACUACUUCCGCACCAACGACGCCCGCCCCUACAUGCUGCCCUCUCCUCUCUCCGAAACCCACCCUUGGGAGACACCCGCGGUGGUGCCUCUGGAUCAGUUGGGAGCGGGUGUGUGCAGAUACGAGGCUUGGUGCAGGCACACACAGCCUCCCAGUGCGUGGCAAUCGUGGGGCAUCCCCAUCCUCAUCGCUCUCUUCGCCCUCCUCCUCGUGCUGCUCGUGCUGGUAGCGGCGCGGAUCCAGCGAGCCCAGUUCUUCCAGACGCAGCAGCAGAUGGCGGGUGCAGACAAACUGAGGAGGAAGGCAGAAGACGCGGAGGCGUCAAAGAGCAUGUUUGUCGCGUGCAUGUCUCACGAGCUCAGGACACCAAUGAUGGGGAUCAUUGGCAUGCUCGAUGCGCUAGCGGACAUGGCUCUCCAACCCCCUGAGCUGUCAGACCUCCUCACGGCACGAGGUUGCGCGAUGGAUGCACUGCAUCUGGUCAACCGUGUAUUGGACCUGGCGAAGCUGGAGGCAGGCAAGGCGGUGGCGGAUGAGACAGUGAUUGAUGUGCGAUCGUGGCUAGAUGCUGUGCUGGACUGGCACGCAGAGGUUGCACGCUCCAAAGGCAUCGAGUGCUUUUCCACCACCGUCCCUCGUGCACCCACUUCCACAUUCACUAGCUGGACCUCUGCCUGGUCUUACUCAACAUUUUGCCGGCUGAAGGAAGCUGCAAAGGCGUUGCCAGAAGCAGCAGCAAGUGCAACUAGCAACGCAUUAUGUGGAUCAAGGGAGGGGAGGGGGGAUGCCAGGAGUCCAGAGGGGGCCAAUGGGCAGCGGCCAGCUGUGCUGGUGGUGUCAUGCCGUGACUCGGGAUGCGGCCUGCCAGCGUCUCUCCUCGGAGUUCACAGCAGCAGAGAGGCUUCGCACUUCUCGCUUGCGGUGACUUUAAUGAAGGGGGAGAUUGCCUUUGAUUCCCAGCCUGGCUGUGGCUCCACUGUGGCAUUUUCCGUGCCCGUGGCCGUUCCCUCGAUACAAGAACACUCCUCGCUACAAGAACACUGCUCAUAUGAGGAAGCAGAAGUGUUGGAAUCGCAAGACUUGCAGAGUCAGCAGCAGCAAGGGGGGGCGUCAUGGUCUCGUCGAUCCGUCUCUGUAGCCGAAAUCACCGCCACAACCACGGGACUACGAGCGGCGGCGGAUGAGGUGGUGACGCGGGCGUGGGUGGGCGGGCUGCGAGUGCUGGUGGUGGACGACACGCCCGUCAACCUCCUCGUGGCCCGCCGCUCCCUCGCCCGCUGGGGCGCCCGAGUCACCACUGCUUCCCGAGGGGAGGAGGCACUUGAGUUGAUUGCUGCUGACCUUGUCUCCACCACCUCCCGAGGAGAGGAGGCGCUUGGCGGGUUAGUUAGAGCAGGUGCUCGGGGGGCUGGUGAGAUGGGUGAGAGUAGCGGCAAGGAGAUAGCGGCUGGGGAGCUGGUUGGGAGCAGUGCGGAUAGUAGGGAGGGGUUUGGCGCAAGUGGAGCAAGGGGAGCUAGUGAGAGAGGAGGUGAUGCACGAGGAGUGGAUGGGAGAGGCGGGGACGGAAGAGGAGGGAAUGAAGGAGGCCGUGCAUCAUUGCAGCAUGGCUUCGACUUGGUUCUCAUGGACCUGCAGAUGCCGGGCAUGGACGGGUUCGCAGCAACAGAGGCGAUCCGUGCAUACGAGAGAAAGCUUAUGCUGGGCAUGGCACAAGAGGCACAGCAGGGAAGAGAGCAGGGGAGGGAGGAGGAAAGGGAGCAGCAAGGAGCAUUGGCUUCAGAGGGAAGUAUGGGAGGGCAACAGGGAAGCGUGCAGCAGGGAAGCAUACAGCAGGGGGACAUAUGGGAGAGCGCAGGGGGGAGAGCAGCAGUGGCGGGAGAGAUGCACAGGCGGGGCAUGAGCUGUGGAGGAGACUGGGGGAGGGGAGAGAGAUUUGUGCACAGGGAAAUGGGAGGACAAGGAGGGCAGAUUGAGGGAGCUUCUAGGGCUGGUUCGUCUGCUCUGCAAGCCUCUCACCUAGAAGCUGCUAACGCUGCUGCUGCUGCUGCUGCUGCUGCUGCUGCUGCUGCUGCUGCUGCUGCUGCUGCUGCUGCUGCUGCUGCUGCUGCUGCUGCUGCUGCUGCUGUUGCUGCUGCUGCUGCUGCUGCUGCUGCUGCUGCUGCUGCUGCUUCUUUGAGUGCCCAGGCUGUCUCCCUGCGGGUGCCCAUAGUGGCUCUGACGGCAGACGUGGAUCGUGGAGUGGUGCAGAGGUGUGCAGAGGGGGGAUUUGACGGUGUGCUGCAGAAGCCAGUGGAUGCCCACCUGCUCGCCGCCCACCUCUCCCAAAUGUGCUUCCACCGCUCCCUCGGGCGAUAG